AUGGCGACGGCGGCGGAUGCGGAACUGGAUGAGCUGGACAAGAUCCUCAAUACCGAGGUGGAGGCCGACGCACGGCAUGCGGAGAUCCUGCUGAAGGCGUUUGGGUUCAACGGCAAGACGAAGGGCGUGGACAUGCCCGAGGACAAGCAGGUCGCGAAGGACAUGGUCAUUGAGUCGCUGGUGAUGAGGAUGGCCUACACAGGCCUGGCCUGGGACACCGAGAAUGACUGGCUGAGGUUGAAGAGAGCGGUGCGCUACUUGGUGAAGCACCCGUACCUGAAGAAAGUUUUCUACGAGCAGGACUUGGCGGUGCCGCAGAUUGUGGCGUGGUCCGGUGAUCCUGUGACAAGGAGGAGCACGACGGGAACGGUGGUGAAGAAUGGCGAGCACACUCUGAUGGUGAAGGCCACGACGCAGAAGGUGGUGGCCCUGUGUUCGACGGAGGCGGAGUACUAUGGGAUGUGCAGGACUGCCACGCUGGGUGAGUUCAUGAGGGGCGUGGCCGAGUUCUGGACGGGUGAGACAAAGCCCUUGACCUUGAAGGUCGACAGCAGCGCAGCGAAAGCGAUGGCCGAGAGGCGCGGAGUGGGGCGCACAAGGCAUGUGCAAGCCAGGUUCCUCUGGCUCCAGAUGAGGGUGGUGGAGAGGAACGUCGACAAGGUGAAGGGCACGAUCAAUGACGCGGACUUGGUGACAAAUGUCCAACCUGGGACUGCAAUUCGCAGUCAUCUUGAGCGCCUCGGCUACGAAGCAGCCGAGCGCCGGGGCCACAAAGGCCUGACGUUUUGA